GCUAACUUGAGCAAUAAGGAGUCUGGUUAAAUAGGGUUGUCCCACGACUCAUGUAUUGUUUUUUUCACGUCAGUUCUGCUCUUUUCGUUACGUAGUUCAUCAGUUACAACCGGAGUGAACCACCAGAGCCUGUAUGUAUUGAUAAACUUGUUUAAGUGGACUUUGUGUACAUUUUUGGGACGUUUCACCUCAGACUCAUCUCCUUUAGCCACGAAUGCUAACUGAAGUUAGUGUAGCCUGCUAGCUGGAAAUAGACGGAGACAGAACUCGGUCACACAGCGCUGGUAGGAGAGACUGUUGAAUAGAGACCAAACUGUACUGUAAACCUGUCUGAAUGGAUUCUUUGCUGUUCCCUUUAUUUGAAAACGUCUGAAUUAUCUCCUGGUGUCCCACGAAACUGAUGAAGUUAGCUUGCUAGCUGCUGGAUGUAGACGGAUCCGCACGUGUCAGAUUGAGUACACCUUCUUUAACGGUGUGUGUCUGGAGGAAAAGUUUCUGUGUGUUAGUAAAAAUGUCUAUAGUUCAAAUGCUGAGAGCUUUUGUCAACCAGCGACUAACUGCGGCUGCUGAAGAGAUAUGUGAGCUGUUUGUAAGAACGAUAGCAGAGUACGAGGAGGAACUUUGUCGUUCAAAAGAAAAUCACCGACAACUGAAACUACUGGACGCCGCUGACUGCAACCCUAAAGUCCGGUUACACAGAGCAGACAUCCAGCAGCUGUCGAUGGUUGAAGAAGAUGUUCCCCUUGAGCAGCAGGAGUGGAGCUCCAGUCUGGACCAGGAGGACCCAGACCCCCCCCCACACAUUAAAGAGGAACUCUGGACCAGUCAGGAGGGAGAGCAGCUUCAAGGGCUGGAGGAGCCUGAUAUCCUGUUCAUGUUCACUUCUGUCCCUGUGAAGAGCGAAGAAGAUGAUGAAGGGAAAGCUCAGUCCUCACAGCUUCAUGAAAGCCAAACUGAGGAGAACAGAGAGUCAGAGAGAACAGAAGCUGAUGGAGAGGACUGGGGAGGACCAGAACCAGCCAGGAACUCAGAUCCAGAUAGUCCUUUACAACCAGCUACUCAUGACAAGACUUCAGACUCCUCUGAACCUGAGACUGAUGACAGUGGUGACUGGGAGGAGACUAGGGAACCUCAGUCAGGUUUAAACUCUCUGCAAAACAAUGAAGAACCUGGAAGUGAUGUUGAAUGCAAUACUGGAAACACAUCAGUUAGCUCCUCUGGAUGUGCUGGACGCUUUGGCCAUGAGGAACAUCUGCAGAAACCCACUGGAGUCCAAAAAAAAAGGAAAACAUAUUGUUGCUCUGUUUGUGGUAAAGGAUACACUCGGAUUAAGUCCUUACGGAUUCACUUGAGAUUUCACUCAGAAGGAAAUGGUUUCCCCUGCUCAGUUUGUAAAGCAAUUUUCAAGAAGCCUAGCAGUUUGACCAUACACAUGAGAAUCCACACAGGGGAGAAACCAUUUAGCUGUUCAGUUUGUGGUAAAAGAUAUGCACAAAAGGGAAAUCUAAGACAACACUUGAUCGCCCACACACACAAACCAUUUAGUUGUUCAGUUUGUGGUAAAGGAUUCUCUAUGAAUGAGACUUUAACGACUCACAUGAGACUUCAUUCAGAAAACGCCUCACCUGCUCAGUUUGUAAAAUAGUCUUCAGUAACAUUGGCAAUUAGGUUAAUUACGUGAAAGUUCACAAAGGGGCGAAACCAUUUUGAUUAAGUUAAGAUAAAGGAUUCACUCAUCAUGUGCUAGGUCAACAAAAACGCAAGUGUGUUUGUGAGAGCAGCAGAAAUAAAUGAAGCUGCAAAGAUGCUUAUUAAAGGGUAAUUUCGGUGGGGUUUUUUUUUUCAACCUGGACCCUAAUAUCCUAUGUUUUUGUGUGUAAGUGACUGAUGGGGACAACAAUCUUCUUUAAAUUGGUCCAGUGUUAAAUGUGAACGCUGUAACCGGCAGCCAUAAUGUAACCCUACGGGGCAAAUGUGGAUCGUCAAAUUGGUCCACUAAAAGUGCUUUUUUCCCCACUGACAGACUCAGAUUGUUAUUCUAAGUGUCU